CCGGGAAGGCGGCCGCGGCCAUGCCUUACGCCAACCAGCCCACGGUGCGCAUCACCGAGCUCAGCGACGAGAAUGUCAAGUUCAUCAUCGAAAACACCGACCUAGCGGUUGCAAAUUCUAUCCGGAGGGUGUUCAUAGCUGAAGUUCCUACUAUAGCCAUCGACUGGGUCCAGAUAGAUGCCAACUCCUCAGUGCUCCACGACGAGUUCAUCGCGCACCGAUUGGGUCUGAUCCCCCUCACCAGCGAUGAUGUUGUUGAUAAGCUUCAGUACUCCAGGGACUGCACCUGCGAUGAGUUUUGCCCUGAGUGCUCGGUGGAGUUCACCCUUGACGUCCGAUGUAACGAAGACCAGACCCGCCAUGUUACGUCCCGGGACCUCAUCUCCAACAAUCCUCGGGUUAUACCAGUGACAUCCCGCAGCAGAGACAAUGACCCCAAUGACUAUGUUGAGCAGGAUGAUAUCCUCAUUGUCAAGCUACGCAAAGGCCAGGAGCUGAGGCUGCGGGCCUACGCCAAGAAGGGGUUUGGCAAAGAGCAUGCCAAAUGGAACCCCACAGCAGGCGUGGCCUUUGAGUAUGACCCAGACAAUGCCUUGCGGCACACGGUGUACCCAAAGCCAGAGGAAUGGCCAAAGAGUGAGUAUUCUGAAAUUGAUGAAGAUGAGGCUCAAGCUCCUUAUGAUCCCAGUGGGAAACCAGAAAGGUUUUAUUACAACGUGGAGUCCUGCGGCUCCCUGCGCCCCGAGACCAUCGUCCUCUCAGCCUUGUCUGGCUUGAAGAAGAAACUGAGCGACCUCCAGACCCAGCUGAGUCACGAGAUCCAGAGUGACGUCCUGACUAUCAACUGAUUCUGGUCUCUCUUUUGGGGCAGCUGUCACGUAAACAGAGGCACUGUGAAUAAGGAGACGGCUGACAUCGCAGGGGUGGGGGUGGGGGAAGUGCUGAUCCCCGAGUGCUGGAGCCACUUGCUUCCAGUCCCCUGAAGGAAUACUCUGUGCAUUGCCCCCUCCAGCCAAGCCUUUUCCAGCACUCUCUUAGGGAAGCUGCCAUUCCCAAGCACAACGAUCUCUUGUUCAGGCCGUUAAAAAGGAAGCCUGCCGCGUUCCCUCUGGGGGACAUGCUGUCCUGGUCGAAGGGAGCCCGGGGGCUGAAUGCAAAGCAGACCCCUCCCAUGCCCACAUACUUGUUUGUCCUCUGCCUUUCUCUGUUCUGGACUUCUGGGAUAAACAGCCCCUACCUGGCAGCUGUCCGAAUUAUGUAACUGAAGUUUGUUAGUUACUUGUGUUUGUUGCUGUUUUGAAUAAAAAACCUUUUCCCUGGCUGGCCAUGUGUGAACAGUC